AACAUCCAAAGUUCCAAAAACCAUUUUUCAUUACACACAAAAUAAUAACCCACAGAAUUAAACUGUAACAUAUAAUUUCUUGUGAACAUCCCACAAUGUAAACAAAGACACAAAAAGGUCCAAAAAACAAAGAUAUCUAUAAAUAAACAACGAACCCCUCCCACUUUGAAGAAAUUAAAAAACACAGCCACGAAAACAAAAGAAAUCAGGGAAUUAUUAUUAGAUCAUGGAGUUCAACAGUUGCAAGGAAUUCAAGAUUGGAAAAUGUGAAGGUCAAAAGGAAGUGGAUGGAGAAAGCAUCCCAUUAGUUCUAAACCCUCCUCAAGCAAGCAAAGCCGAUUUUGAGUCCCUUUUGUUGUCUCUCAAAAAGAAUCAUGACUGGUUGAAUGAAAUGAUCAUCAAACACAGCGCAGUCUUGCUUCGAGGAUACGAUGUAUCCAAGGCUCAGGAGUUCAACGACAUCGUCGAAACCUUUGGGUGGGAAGACAUUCGAUACGUCGGCCCGGCUCCUCGAACCCAUAUUUAUAAGAGGAUAUGGACUGCCAAUGAAGGCCCUCUCUCUGAGUUCAUUUACUUCCACCAUGAGAUGGUUUUGAUAAAGGAAUAUCCAAAGAGGGUAAUACUGUACUGUGAAAUACCACCACCAGAAGGUGGAGAAACCCCAAUUGUUCCAAGCUUCAAAGUAACAGAAAAGAUGGUGAAAGAAUUCCCUAAAGAAGUUGAAGAAAUGGACAAGAAAGGCUUGAAAUAUACAUUCACUGCCCUUAGCAAAAAUGAUACGUCUUCUAUGAGAGGCAGAGGUUGGCAAGACACUUUUGGUUCAUCUGAUCCUAUUGAAGCAGAGAAAAGGGCUAAUGCGUUGGGGAUGGAUGUAGAGUGGCUACCAAACGGGGCGAUGAAGACAAUAUUGGGACCGAGGUGCCUAACAAAGGUGUUUGAUGGAAGGAAAGGAAGAAGAAUGUGGUUUAAUACUGUAGUAGGAAUGCAUGGGAAGGAGCACAGCUCGGCUUUAAUGGCCGAUGGGACGGAGAUUGCAGAGAAUGUGGUGAAGAGAUGCCAGGAGAUAAUUGAAGAAGAAAGCAUCCAAUUCAGAUGGGAAAAAGGGGAUGUUUUAUUUUUGGAUAAUUAUGCUUUGCUUCAUGGAAGAAGGCCUUCUCUUCCUCCAAGGAAAGUCUUAGUUGCAACAUGCAAAUAGUUUGUUAAGUUGGAUGCCUUUCCUUCUCUUCAAGGCUUGUGUGAGAGAUACAUAUAUACAUAUAUAGAUAUGGUUCAAUGAAUAAAAAAAAAAAAGUACACUUCAUAUUUCACACUUCUCAUUACCAUUAAUAAAGAUAUGUAUUAAGGAGUUACCACUAAAUUAA